AUGGAACUGAAAAACAAUACAUGGACUUCAAAAUUUUUUCUUCUGGGAUUUUCAGAGGAACCUCCAUUGAAAACUGUCCUCUUUGGGGUUUUCCUCACCAUGUACCUGACCACCAUGAUUGGGAACCUGCUCAUCAUCCUGGCCACCAUCUCAGACUCCCGCCUGCACACAGCCAUGUACCUUUUCCUCUCCAACCUGUCCUUUGCUGACAUCUGUCUCACCUCUACCACCAUGCCCAAGAUGUUGGAGAAUAUGCAGACACAGAACAAAAUCAUAAGCUAUGCAGGCUGCAUCACACAGAUGCACUUUUUCAUACUCUUUGCAAGCUUGGGAAACUUCCUCCUGGCUGUGAUGGCUUAUGACCGCUUUGUGGCCAUCUGUAACCCCCUGCGUUAUACAGCCAUCAUAAAUCCUUGCAUCUGUGGGCUGAUGCUUGUGUCAUGUUGGAUCAUGAGUAUUCUGCAUGCCCUUUUACAAAGCUUAAUGGUGCUGCGGCUGUCAUUUUGUGCAGAUUUGGAAAUCCCACACUUUUUCUGUGAACUGAAUCAAGUGGUCCAACGUUCCUGUUCUGACACUUUUCCUAAUGAUCUGGUGAUGUAUUUUACAUCUGUGUUGCUAGGUGGUGGCCCACUGACUGGAAUUAUUUAUUCUUAUGCCAAGAUAGUUUCCUCCAUAUGUGCAAUCUCAUCAGCUCAGGGGAGAUAUAAAGCAUUUUCUACAUGUACAUCUCAUCUCUCAGUUGUCUCCCUCUUCUAUUGUACAAUCCUAGGAGUGUACUUUAGUUCUGCUGCAACCAACAGCUCACACUCAAGUGGAACAGCCUCGGUGAUGUACAGUGUGGUCACACCCAUGCUGAACCCCUUCAUCUACAGUCUGAGGAAUAAAGAUAUCAAGAGUGCUCUGAGGAAGACUUGUUGUCAGCAAGUUUCCCAGGGCCUGCCCAGCUUAUCCCUGUCCCAUGCUUUGUGCCUCAUCUUGACUUACAGGUUAACAGCAUCAAUACAGGGAGCUAUAUUUGUAGAGAGCAUGAGAAGUAUUGAAGCAGAAAGAAGAAUACAAUCCAAUAAUAACAAAAAACCCACAUACCACUAA